AUGGUUAUCGACGCGGAAACGCCAAAGGGCAAGGCGGCAAACGCCUGUGCAACCUGUCGCAGCCAGAAGCGAAGGUCUGACGGGAGAAGAACGGGCGCAGACUGCAACUACCACUGGCUUCACGAGGAACAACAGCACAACUAUUCCAAUGGGAACAACCCAUUCGGUCCUACAACCACACUCGCCGAUUUCCUUCUCUUCCAUAUCCCAGUCACUAGUCACCAGCAAUGGCUUCCAGGGACAUUUCAACCACUGCACCCUUGUCGACAGAACAUUGCCUCUCGGGGAUUGGAUAUCGACCACUUCUUUGUCGGUGUACUCAUGACCACACUUACCGAGCAGAGCGACACGCUCGAUCGAGUGGUCGAUGCUUACUUUGUCACCAUUCAGUCGUGGUUACCUAUACUCCACGAGCGGACCUUUCGAGACCGUGUUUUGCAGUUGAGCACCAACCCGCAGGCAGAGACGGCUCUGCUCGUAUUGACGCUGUUUCUCCUUAUGGGCUGCCAGACCGAAGAUCGUCCGCAGACCCCCCCGCCCGCAGGCUACAAGCGCUGGCUUUACCAACUCAGCAGCUAUCUGUUCUCUUUCCUGAAACUUGUGCGGCCACCGUCACUGCAAUUAGUACAGGCAGGACUAUACCUAACAGUUUACGAGCUGGGCUCAAGCCUACUGGAAGCCGCCUCGAUGAGUAUUGGAACGUGCGCGAGAAUCGGAUAUAGUCUGCGGUUAAACGUUGACAACCCACAGUUUCUGCCUGACACGAUGUGCAUUCAGUCAGAGGAGAAGCGCAGGACCUGGCUAGGAGUGUAUAUGCUGGACCGCCUGAUCAACCAGGUCUUGACUGAGAACUCCAUGCCACACGCUGUAGACGACCCGAGCAUCCAAUUUCGACUGCCGCUCGAGGAGCAGGAGUGGGACCAGGAUCCCGAGUGCCCGCCAAACAGCUUCUAUCAGCCCUCCUUUUCCACCCCCAUCGACCGGCCCCUUUCAUAUUUUGCCCGGGAAAUCCAGGCCAUUCGAACAUUAGGCCAUGUGCAGAUGCUGCCGAAGCUGACGGAUCCUUUGCUAUUCCACCAGCAGGUGGAUCACCUGGACACAUUUCUGAUCCAGUUCAUGGAAUGCCUGUUCAAGGAGACGCCGGGGAGCUGGCAGGUCCUCUGCGGAGCGAACGCCACAGUCCUAUUAGCAGCAACAGCCCUGCACCGCGCCCGCUUAGGAUUCGAAACACUCCCCGGCUCCCCCGGCUCAGCGCCGCAGGGGAUAAAUGAACGGUCGGUAUUCGCUCUUCGUUCCAUUAUCAACAUGGUCACGGAUAUCUGUCUCCGGUUCAACGCAUUGGAUCCCGCUCUCCGAGCUAUAUGUGUACCCUUACCGGCCGUCGUGUGUAUAGGGGAAGCGGCGCGUGCGGCAUUGUGGUUGCGUCGGAUUGGGGAGGACGCGUGUGUGAUGGCUAUCGAGCCUCUGAGGGAGACGUUGGUGUAUACGGGGAAGGCGUGGGGUUUGGCAGAGUACUAUGUUCGACAACUUGAGUGA